AUGGGUCUUAUCAACCAAUGGUUUCCACUGGACACUCUUGCAACUCCAGAGCGUAUCAGGAUGGCUUGUUUCGACGAGUUUACUUCUCCUUUUUAUAUGACCAUGGAUUCUGAGGGAGUGUUAAUGCCGUUGGUCCAUGAACAUCUUAUGAUGCCUUGGAAUGAUCUAAGGAAAGGUGAUUGUUGUGGACUCUCGAAAGCUGUCAGUGUUGGUUAUUAUUGCAAAAGCUGCGAUUUUUUCGCCCACAAGAAAUGUGGCGAGUCCUCCGAGUUUAUCCAACAUCCAUCUCACCCCAAUCACACUCUUCAGCUUCGAAGUAGCGAAGGCUGUAAUAGCUGCAAUUUAUGUGGAAGGACCAUUAGUGACCUAUUCUAUCGUUGUGAUCUCUGUGAUUUCGACGUGGAUCUAUAUUGUGCCAAGUAUCCACCACCAGAGGUUAUUGACAUUCCUGAGACGCAUCACCACAAGCUCAACCUUCACAAGGAGUUGAUCGAGUUCAACUGUGAUGCUAAAUGUGGGAAGAUUACUGGUGCUGAGUUUCCUUACGUAUGUUAUGAAUGUCAAUUACCUUUCCAUGUGGAUUGCGUAUGGCGGCCAUCGGAGUUAAAACACCCAUCAGAGGUAAACCAUUCUUACCACUCCUUACACCCUCUUAAGCUCCUCUCAGGUCAAUUACCGGAUAAUUGUGAUGGAAAAUGUCGUCUUUGCGCAAGAAAGAUUGAUGAUAGAUUGUUCUAUCAUUGUUCUCCGUGCAACUUCACCUUGGAUCUACGUUGUGUUUUAAACCCACCACAACAAUCUCUUCUGAAUUUGAAAGCUCAUGAUCAUCAACUCACCCUUCUCCCAAGACUCUUGUCAUUUACAUGUAAUGCUUGCGGGUUGAAUGGAGAUCGAAGCCCUUACACUUGUGUUCAAUGUGAUUUCAUGAUUCAUCAAGAUUGUCUUGACUUACCACGCGUCAUAAACAUUAAUCAGCAUGAUCACCGUGUUUCUCGAACUUCUGUUCCUGGUGUUGGAAAUUCUAAGGGAGUGUUACUACCGUGGUUUCACAGGAAGCAUAUAAUGAUGCCUUGGAAUGAUAUGAGGAAAGGAGAUUGUUGUGGAAGUUUGGAAUCUGUCACUGACGGCUUCUAUUGCAAAAGCUGCGAUAUUUUCAUCCACAAGAAAUGUGGCGAGUCCUCCGGAAUUAUCGACCACUCAUCUCACCCCGAUCACACUCUUGAGCUUAACCGUUAUCCUAAUAAAAGUUGCAAUUUAUGUGGAAGGUCCAAAGGUGUGAAUGUAUGCUAUCGUUGUGAUCACUGUUACUACCAAUUGGAUCUAUAUUGUGCCAAGUACCCACCACCAGAGUUUAUUGACAUUCCCGAAACGCAUCACCACAAGCUCACCCUUCUCAAGGAGCGGAUUGAGUUUGAUUGUGAUGCUAAAUGUGGGGAGACUGGAGAUGGGUUUGCUUACAAAUGUCCUGAAUGUGAUUUAUUCUUCCAUGUGGAUUGCGUAUGGCAUCCGCCAGAAGUAAAUCACCCUUUAGAGGUAAACCACUCUUACCACCCCUGGCACCCUCUUAAGCUCCACACAGGUCAACCACCACACUAUUCUGAUGGAACAUGUCGUCUUUGUGCAAGAAAUAUUGAUGAUAGAUUGUUUUAUCAUUGCUCUCCGUGCAACUUCACAUUGGAUCUGCGUUGUGUUUUAAAUCCACCGCCACAAUCUCUUUUGAAUUUGAAAGCUCAUGACCACCAACUCAUCCUUCUCCCAAGACUCCGUUCUUUUACAUGUAACGCUUGCGGGUUGAGUGGUGAUCGAAGCCCUUACAUAUGUAUUCAAUGUGACUUUAUGAUCCAUCAAGAUUGUCUUGACCUUCCACGCCUCAUAAACGUUAAUCGUCAUGAUCACCGAGUUUCACGAACUUCUGUUCUUGGUGUUGUAAAUUCUGUAUGUGGAGUUUGUCAUCAGAAGGUGGAUUGGACUUGUGGAGGUUUUUCUUGUCAGAGGUGUUCUAGCUAUGUUGUUCAUUCGAAAUGUGCUACCAGAAGAGAUGUAUGGAACGGGAAAGAACUGGAAGGAGUACCUGAAGAAAUAGAAGAUAUAGAGCCAUAUGUGGUAAUAGAUGACAAUACAAUACAACAUUUCAGCCACAAAGAGCAUUACCUAAGACUCCACGUUAAUGAUGUUCUAUGUAACGACAACAAGCGGUGCAAGGCAUGCACCCAUCCCAUCUUUCUUCAAUCCUUCUACAGUUGUAUGGAUUGUGACUUCCUUCUCCACCAAAAUUGCGCUGGAUUUCCUAGAAUGAAAAGGCAUGUGCUACACAAUGAGCGUCUUACUUUAGUUACUAACGAGACUAAACUCUUUCAGUGUGCUCCUUGUGAUAGAUGGUCCAAUGGUUUCAGGUACCAACAUGGAUAUAAGUCACUCGAUCUUCAGUGUGGUUCAAUAUCCGAGCCAUUUGUCCAUCCAAGCCAUCCCGAUCAUCCCUUAUAUCACACUUUACUGGAUGGAAGGAAUGAGAUUUGUGAUGGCUGCAAAAAGAGUUGGUAUUAUGUGCUAAGUUGCAUUGAAGAUGAUUGUAGAUUUGUCUUAUGUUUCAAAUGCCUCACUUUACCACAAGUGGUAAAGCAUAGAGUUGACGAUGAUCCUCUCUUGUUAUGCUAUGGCGAAAAGGCUUGUGGUAAAUACUGGUGUGAUAUUUGUGAAAAGGAAACCAAUCCAGAGACAUGGUUCUACACGUGUAAAGAUCAUCAAUCUAGUAUGCAUACAAUGUGUGUGCUUGGUGACUCUGUAGGGAUCAUGCCAAAAAGCACAAUAAUGGGUUGGUACAAAUAUUAUGAGGUGGUGCUCAAUAAUAGUAUAUCUCGUCCAGUUUGCGAGAUGUGCAAGUCGCGUUGCAUUUUUCCUACGAUCAUGAAGAUUCUUGAAGCCUCAAAUGAAUACGUUUGCUCUUUAGCAUGCGUCCUAGAGAGGGGGUGAAGAUAGACGGUUAAAGCCCUCAAUUGAAAUAAAAUACAUGUGAAACCAGGUUUUUCUUUAAGAUUUCUUGUAUUACUUUAUUUUGCACGUUCAUUUCCAUUUAUGAGUUUAUUUCCUUAAAUGUAUUGUCUAAGAAACUUGCAGUCUUAAUUUGAUACUAG